AUUAUAGACGGUCCUCAUAGCUUACAUAUACAGCGCACUAGUGCCUGGCAGUCGCUUACCCAGGUAGAAAUUCCUGAAACCGCUACCUACCUGACCCGGUAGUAACAGCCGGGCGACAUUUCACUCGCACAACUAGGAUCUUGAGUUAGAUUGUCCGUAGUAAGCAGAAAUGGGCAGUGCUGCGCAAAUGUUCGCCGCGACUCGGCGGCAUUCUUACUUCGCUGGUUCGCUGGUUCUCCUUCUUAUUGGCGUCGCGUCCGCGGCUGGGCCUUACACGGUCUACACGUAUGCAAACUCGCAAGUGAUUGCCUCCACGCUGCGCUUGUCUCUUGUGGAGACGAACCUCAAGUACCUCACGCCGGGUGGCCUCGCCCGCAAGAACCCCAUCCAGACCACCUCGCAGCCUAGCGCCGCGCAGCUUGCGGGCGCUGAUGCCUACGUAAUCCUCUCGAACCGCUACUACUCGUACUGGGACACUGAGAAGAUGGGCUCCAGCCCCAACAAGGUCCGCGACCUGAAGGACUGGGUGAACGCCGGCGGCUCUCUGGUUCUGCUGGACGGCUACUCGACCGCCUCGGGCACCAACACCUUUGUCCAGCUCAUUGACGCCGUGCUGGGCACCAAGGCGGGCUCGGGCUGCACCGGUGCACUGUACAACGGCAACGUCAACGUGUACCGCCGCGCCAACUCUAGCUCGCCCUUUGGCAAAAUUACCAGCCCCCUCCUCGUCAAGGGCUCCAGCCGUGGCGAGUCGGGCCUGACGGGCUGCACCAGCGGCGCCGUGCUGUUCAGCUCCAACCCCGACAAGAUGACUAAGGCCGUGACCGCCUCGGCCAUCACCUGGAGUGUGGGCAAGGGCGCCAUCACCUUCAUCGGCUCAAGCUUCGCGAUGCCCCACCUGAAGGGUUACGAAGACAUGAGCGGUGUUGCCGUCACCCUGGCCAACUUCAACCGCACCGGCGCGUCGCCCUCUCCCUCUCCCAAGGCUUCGCCCUCUCCCAAGGUGUCGCCGUCGCCUUCCCCGAAGGCAUCGCCCUCCCCUUCCCCCAAGGCGUCCCCCUCUCCCUCGCCUUCGCCCAAGGCGUCCCCCUCCCCCUCUCCCUCUCCCAAGGCUUCCCCCUCUCCCUCUCCCUCGCCUUCUCCCUCGCCUUCCCCCAAGGCUUCUCCCUCGCCCUCGCCUUCUCCGAGCGUGCAGCCCGCGUCCAAGCCCUCUCCCUCUCCCUCUCCGUCACCGAGCCCGAGCCCCUCGCCCAGCCCCUCCCCCUCCCCUUCUCCUUCUCCUUCUCCUUCUCCUUCUCCUUCUCCUUCUCCUUCUCCUUCUCCCAAGCCCUCUCCCUCGCCCAGCCCCUCACCUAGCCCCUCGCCCAAGCCUUCUCCCUCUCCUAGCCCCUCGCCGUCCCCGUCUCCUUCGCCCAAGGUCUCUCCCUCUCCUAGCCCGUCGCCUUCUCCUAGCCCCUCUCCCAAGGCUUCCCCGUCUCCUGCCAAGAAGCCGUCCCCUCCGCCUCCUGUUGAGGAGGGUGCGCCGCCUCCUAUCGAGGGUCCCCCGCCCAUGGAGGAGGCCGCGCCGCCCCCCCCUAAGAAGAAGACUGGUUAGGGGGCGCGCAGGACGCUGCGUGGGGUUGUGAUGCACACGCAUUCUGAGCCAUUCUUAGCAGCUGCGGGCAGGCAGUCCACGUUCAUGCCACACAACUUAUGCAUGGAAUGCUGUCGGCAAAUGGACAAGGGGGCGCGCGGGCAUGAUUGAUUGAUCAGCCAAGAAUGAUUCUAGGCAAUUCAUAGCUGCAAUAACAUUGAUUGAUUGCGUUAGCGGCUUAGGCGGGCAGACACUAGACGAGUGGACGGUGCACGGCAGGUCAGCAGUAGUCAGUUUGGGGCCUGAUGCAGCACUGCUUCUGCCAGGACAUGUGACAUGGUAGUGUGCACUUGGCAACCGACGAGUCUUGGACAUCAAAUGACGCGAGAUACAGCUGCGGACAGGGGCCAAGAAUGGCAGGACGGGAGUUGUCUGCCUGCACGUUUCUGCUGCAACUUGACGGAACAAAAAACUGUAAGACACUGAUACU